AUGAGCGACGCCACGUCUCGGAAACGCUCUCGCGCUGCAUGUUUAUCUUGCCAAUCUCGCAAGCGCAAAUGCUCAGGCGAUCGGCCAUGUGCAACAUGCGCCCAAAUAGGCGCGGAUUGUCACUACAACACGGCCCCACGCAAAAGGCGCGUCAGGCCCAGUAGCGCAUACGGGGCGAGCCUGCCCUCACUAGUUGAGCCGCAAAGGCUCCCAGAUAGAUUGUCUGACUCUGUGCCCCCGAGUGGAAACGUUGCCAACUCAAUCUCUCCAAAUGCAUUCAAUCGCGCGGAUGAUUCACGAGGAGUGAGUCACUCUCUCGAAGCAAAUUCUGGCGCUGCCUUUGUCCGCAAGCUUGGACUACGAAUUGAUCCUGCUCGCGCACCGAGAUUACAUCUUUUUGCCUGGAAUGUCGGCGACCGGGUCGUAUCGGAUUCAUUGGAUAUGCCAACAGACUCGACUCCCAUGCCGGCGUCCAUCACGAUGCUACUUUCACAUGGAGAAAUGCAUGAAUUGGCAACUAUCUAUUUCAAAAAAGUCGAUCCUUGCUACCCAUUUCUAGAUCGUGAGAAUAUAUUCUCCCGCAUUGGUGAACGCUGGGCGCGAUCUGAUAUAUUUGGAUCAGAAAAACCCGAUGAUGCUAUUUUUUAUGGCAUCGCAGCAGUUGGGUACCUGUUCUCCCGCCAAAAGAUCAUAUAUGUAGAGCAUAUGUCCAUCCUUGCAGCUCAUAAAAUUCUACAAAAAAGCUUACUGGGAUCGGAAGCCCCUUCGAUCGAUGCCAUAACAGGAUGGGUUCUCCGCACUGCUUAUUUACGCAUGACUGCUUCACCACACGCCGCCUGGAUGGCCAGCUGUACCUUGAUGCAUCUUAUCGAGGCUGCAGGCUUACACCUAGAGCCACCUAGCUCUGAAACGUCACAUCCUCUCCGGGGCUCAUCACCACAACCAAACAACCCUCAGCAGAACGCCAGAACCAGCAUUGAAACAUCCUACAGUCCAGAUACUCGCCAACGUCUUUUCGGCAUGGCUCGCCACUUAAACACCUGGAUUUCAUUCGAUCUAUGUCGUUCACGGGUGGUUCUACCUGGCACAACGACACAAACACCCACAUCGACAUUCCCAAGCACAACAACAAUUCCUGUCACCAAUACUCACACAACCUCCAAUCAAGAAACCACUCGCGCUUCCCUAUUUCACCUCCUCCCCCUCUCUGAAAGUCUCGACCCAACAACAUCAUCCCACCAAUCCCUCCAAGACCUCGAAUCAUCCCUGACCUGCGUGCUAGACCUACACUACACCGAACCCUCCCUAAUUCUAGUCCAAAGCAAUCUGGCAUUAUGCAUCUACCGACGCAUCCGCGCUUUAAACGCUCACGCUUUGGCUCCAGCUCAUCUAGACCGUGUACUAGGUCUAGCAGGACGAGGUCUCCGCGCAGCGCGAAGCAUGGCAGCUGCGACUUGUCCAUGGCACCAAGUUGCUAAUGUACCAUUUCAAGUUGUUUGCACUCUACUAGCAAUUGAUAGUCGACAGGCAUUGACACUUUUACCUGAGGCUAUGGAGACCUUAAGAGAGGUGUUGGGUGUUUAUGAUACGGUUAUUAUGCGGGAGGCGUAUUCGACGGCUUAUCUACUUGUUGCGUUACAUCAACGCAGAAAAGAGGAUGAUACGAGGGCUUUAGCGGAUGUUUUGAGGGCUAAUGCUGCGGCUGCACAACAACAUAACCAGCAGCAGCAGCAACAGCAACAGCAACAGCUGCCAGUGGUUGAGGGGGAUGUGUCAAAGAGGGAGGAUACUGCUUUGCCUCAGGCUCAGUUUCAGAGGAAGAGUCAGGGUCGUGAUUUGCAGGUGCAGCAGGAGUCGAUGCCGGUAGAUGAGGAGUUUUCUUGGUUGGGGGAUCUGGUGAUUGAUAUACCGAGUUUACAGAACUUUGAUAUUGAUCAGUUUCUUAUGACGGAUGUGCCAUGGCCGUUGCCUGAGAUGGGGAUUUAA